CGGCAGCUUUCGAGCUUCGGAACGCUCGACUCGGAUCGGAUUCCGAGCGAGAGAGUUUUUGGGGAGUUCAGUUUGCUCGUGACCGUGGUCGCACCAGUGCGCACUCAUAGUCUAUUCAGUCAGAUUCCGGCGAUAUCGACUCGAAAUUUGAAAAUAAUCUGCGGCUGAGUGCCUGUGGCACUGCAUUUCGGUUGAAUUCUAGCCAAAGGCUGAAGUUUGAAGUGGAAAAAUAUUCGAAAUGGGUUGCGCAACGGGCACAAUAAAGUACUCGCUGUUCCUGUUCAAUGCCUUAUGGGCGAUACUGGGCAUCUUGGUGCUCAUUUUUGGCGGCCUCGGCUGGGGAGCAAUGCCGGAUGCGUAUGCCAUCGGUAUCUUGGUCCUGGGCGGCAUUAUCCUGGUUAUAUCCCUGUUUGGAUGCUGCGGAGCCGUUCGCGAAUCGCCGCGCAUGCUCUGGACGUAUGUGUCACUGCUACUGGUCUUGCUACUACUUAUAGUGGCCUUUAUCAUCCUGAAUCCCAAAGAUGUCUUUAAGAAGUACGCCCUUCAGACGGUCGAGAUUCAGUGGGAGCUGGAGCAGACAAAACCUGGCAGUAUGGAUAUUAUUCAGAAGACGUACUAUUGCUGUGGCCGCGACAGUGCCCAAGACUACUUGGAUAUCAAAUUCUGGAACAACACCGUUCCAAAUAGCUGUUGCAAGGACGAAAGCUGUGUGAAUCCCCUGAAUCUCUACCUGCGGGGUUGCCUUAGCACAGUGGAGGAGGCUUUCGCAGAUGAGGCAUCCACUCUGGGAUAUUUGGAGUGGGGUCUGCUCGGAUUCAACGCUGCCAUACUUUUGCUGGCCAUCAUCCUGGCCAUUCACUACACCAACCGGCGGAGACGAUAUAACUAUUAGUGAAUAGUUACCGAUUAAGAAACCAAACUCCUCAUUUUUAAGCGUCACUGUUUGUUUUUUGAAACGAAAGCACAGCGUCUUGCCAAGCAACUGACUUCGUCUUAAUCUCAAAAACCGUACAUCUUUUAAUUAAAGCGCAGUCGAAUUUUAAAAUAAUAUGUACAUGAUUAUAAGUACUACCCAAGUGUUGUUUUUAUAUACCAAAUAUAGGAAAAAGUUGUUUCAACAAA